UGACGAUGCCUAUCAGCAAGGAAAUUUUCCGUUAUGUGAGAAGGAACAUUCCUUUGGGAUGGAUUAUUGCGUUUUACCCGAUUAUAUGUUUGGUGUGGGCAGCUGGGUUCCUAGUGCUCCUAGUCGUGGCGGUGAUCUACUCACAGGGGGGUUACAUCUGUGCCGGGAUCUCCUUGUGGCGCGUAAUACAGCGUGAUUAUGGCAACAUGGACGACACCAAGGCAAACCUGAUGCCAGCAUUGGACUUGUUCUAUUCUCUAAUUCUCUGUCAAGGUGCACUCUUCAUUUUAUGGAACAUAAAUCAGAGAGUAGAAUCAAGCUUUGUGGCUUCACUCCAUGCAGUCUGGAGUUCCCAAAGAUGUGGUCUGCAAAAUCAUUUCAACAGUACCUUGCUGACACCCGGUUGAAAUGCUGGCGGGACCCUAAAUCCAUCAAGGAUAGGAGAUUGGUCAAGUACGCGGUCGGUUUGCUCGACUCCGAAUCGUCGCAAGACUACCUCUCUGGAGCAAGGAUGCUGGAUGUGUUCAUCACGGUGCACCAAAUGGAUGUAAAGACUCUUAUACUGCCCUCAAGCCAAAAGGUUCAGAAGCUGAUGGAUACAUGCUUGAGGUGGAGGUGGAGUAGCAGAAGCGACAUAGAGAUUAAGGAGCUGGCUGCCAGGAUAUUGGCGCAUCUUGCAUGUGACAUCGAUGUAACCCACUUCCCUGGGGCAAUACGGUGUGUAUCCUCCCUACUCUUUGGUGCCACCACCCAGAUGCCAGCAGCAUGUUGGAACAACCACCAACACCAACACCAACACCAACAUGGAUCCAGUAAGCAGGCAAGUAAUUAUAAAUUGGAUCAACCUGAGCCAGGUGCAGGGGACAGCCAGGGUACCACCCUGCUGACAUAUUGGAACAACCAACAAGCAGGUGCAGGGGACUGUGAAGGAGAUAACUGGCAUGGUUUGAUUCUGCAAGGCCUGACAAUUCUGGAGAGGCUGGCGUCUGACCAACAGAAUUGCAAGGAAAUAUGCGGCGCCCCCGAUCUAAUCACCAACAUCAUGUCACCUAUCUACUCUGACACACUAAUCCAAGACAUCAACAUAGUGCCAUGGCAAGAUGUAGUACAUGGAGUGUUCAAAGUGGUGCACCAACUCAUUCGUGCUCCCGUGGACUGGUGGCACAAGGCUGGCCCAUGAAAUAUCCGGUAGCGAGCAGGCUGUGAGCAACUUGGAGAGGAUUCUUGAUCAGGGCAGCGCAGCUAGCCAACAACUGCAGAUGCGAGCUAUGGAGAUACUCACAGAAUUGGCUUUGGAUCCGUCUGCUAACCUCGCCAUGGAAACAAAACAAAAUCUCAUCAACAAGCAGGUGCACAUCUUCCUUGAUGAAGGGAAAGAAGAAGACCUUAGGAUUACGGCUGGGAGAACACUACUGGCAUUACUAUCCAAGGCGACAGGAACUAUCUCCGUGGUGUGUAUAAUGAGCGAAUACAAUCACAGCAUUGUUGAUCAACUCACUGAAAUACUUGAUGCUAAGAACAUGGUCAUAUACAGAACAAUAGCUGCUGAGAUCUUGGAGAAUUUGUGUGCUCUACAUAUGAAUAUGAUGGACAAGAAUCAUGUGAAGAACACCUUGCUGCCAAAGGUGCUGACAGAAGUUUUAACCAGUAAAAAGAAACCCCCGUCAGAAGCACUGGAAUGGCAUGUGUCCAAAGCAUCAGGAGAUAUUGAAGAAAAUCCACUUCAAGAGGACGAAGAAAAUCAACGUGUGGAGCAAAAUGGCAAAAUCAAUUCAUCAGAGCAAAAUGAAUCGCAGACAACUAUGAUGGAAUUGAAGGAAGUAUUGUUAUCCCUUACUUCGGUGAUAUUUGACAAGCUGAUAAUCAGUGCAGAGGAAUUUGAUGAUGUGGCUCGAAAGGUUGCCCCAGGAGAAGGUGAAUUUGUGGCCAAGCUCAAGACUAUAGUAGAAGAGAACUGCAAGGCCACGGCUAAUAGCCUAAGAAUCGUCAAGCUUUGCGGUCAGAUUGCUGUUACAAUGAUGCGGCGCAGCCAGUACAACACACAAUUCAAGGAUCAGAAAUUCGUGGAGACAUUGUCUGAGGCUUCAAGUAUCACGUGUAAGCUUGAAAGCUGCAUGCUCUUCGCUGGGACUGAUUGUGGCGCCAAGAAGACUGCCAGGCCCCUCCUCUCAGAUCUUGUGAAAGAGGCACAAGUGUUGGUUGCUUAAAAAUGGAACAGUGUUUUCUACCAUUGUGAUGUCCUAUUUCUCCAGAUCAAAUAAUCAUGGAAACAUGGCGCUUGGCUUGUUUCAUUUAUCAAAAACAAGAUUGUGUUGCUUGAAUUUGUACCUAUUUAUUUUUUACA